GCUUUAUUCAUUUUGAAAGAGUAUUUGCAACUUGUUGGCUCCAUUUUCAUUUCUUUUUAGGCCUUUAUCAUUUGCUUUGCGUUUAGUUUUAUUUCCUUUCCAAAAAUCCCGUUUAGCGAAUUUUUCAUCAAAUUUCUAUGGGGAAAUUUUGAGUAUUAAAUAUUUUUUUCGCUUUCUUGGUCAAUCUUUAAAUAUUCCUUUUCAGAUUAAAUUUUUUCAAAUCAAAAAACUCAUUUUCUAUUGAACUUUAUAGAAAUUCAGUUAUUUUCAUUAAAACCUUUUUUCAAGAGUGCUAAAUCUCAUACUGUUUGUUUUUUUAUUAAGAAUGACUGGUCUAGUUUCUAAAUGGGCUGAUGAAGAGCCAGAAGUUAAACCUUCUCAACCAACAAGAUCGAAAAACAAAAUUAACGAACUGAAUAACAGAAUCAACUUCAAUCAAAAUAAAACCAACUUCAACCAAGAUACCAAGUUGGAUUCCAAAUGGGCUCUUGAUGAUUCAGACUCUGGCUUUAGAGGUUCUAAAAGUAAGCCAAAAAAAACGGACAAUUCUACUUUUCAUUCAAGUACAAAGAAUUAUUCCAAACAUCAAAAUAACAAACAAAAAAAAUUGUUUAAAAAUAGUGAAAAUAAUCAGAAAAACCAAAAAAGGUAUAUUUAUAAAGAAAAUUAUGAUUCUUUUGAGGCAACAGAAAUUCCCGAUACACCAGAAGAAUCAAAUACAAAGAAUUCUACAUCCAUAGAUUUAUCCAACAACCCAUUAGCAAAACUUCUUGGAUCUACAACAAAUGAUUUCAAGAGAAUUUCUUUAUUAGAUGAUACUGAAAACAGGAUUGAUAUCAAUAAUAAUAAUGAUGAUAAUAAUAAUAAGAAUGAUCAACACGAAACUGUUAAUAACAGUGACUAUGCCGCUGAAGAUAAUCAUUAUAACAUAAAUACUGGUCAUAGUUUAAAUUAUAAUAAAAGUAGACAAAAUAUAAAAAAAAACAAAAGAAAUAAUAGAGAAAAUCGAGAAAAUAGAAAUAACAAAAACUAUAAUAGUAGUAAUAGUGAUAUUCUAGAAAAUAAAUAUAAAACAGGAAGCGGUGAACAUGAAAUAAAUCCACUAAGUAAACUGCUAGGGUUACUCACACCUCCUUCAUCAUCGUCAUCUUCUGGUCAAUCAUAUUCUCCAUCAGAACGUACUAAUUUGAAAAAAAAUAAAUCAUUUGAAACAGAUUAUCAAAAGAACAAUUUUCGAAAAGAUUUGCAUCGAACUUCUUCAAACGGGCCAACAGAUGAAAGUGAAAGAAUCAUGGGUUUAGAAAGAGAGCUUGAAAAACAGAAGCAAAAAGUAAAACUAAUGAACGAAGAAAUUAAAAGAAAAGAGAGAGAAUUGAUUGAAAAAGAAGAAAAAAUCCAAGAAAUAGAAGCAGAUCAGGGAGAAAAAUAUCUCAACCUAUUUAUGAACAGCUUCGACACAACAAAAAGUUGGGCUGACUGGGCUGAAGAAGAGGAUCAGGAAUUAAACAUGAAUAACAAAGCACGCUGAUUUAUUGUUUAAAUUUAUAAACAUUUAAUUUUUCAAUUAAUUUUUUAAUUAAUUUUAUGGUUAUUUUUAUGAUUAUUUUUAUGAUUACUUUUAUGAUUACUUUUAUGAUUACUUUUAUGAUUAUUUUUUAUUUCAGUCUUUUUAACAUUAUUUUUAUUUCUUUCAUGGCGUAGAUAAUAAAUAAUUUAAAGUUCAGGAU